AUCAGCAUAUAUUAAUUAAUUCAGCAAGCAAUUGCAUACCCAAAAAAUGUCUUCCUCUUCCAUGUUUGUGAUCUUCAUGAUCUUGGCCUCAUUCUUCACCGUCUCAGUCACUGCCCAUUUCACUCCUUGCAGUGAGCCUUUCGUCCUGUUAAGCCGGAGAAACCACCUUAAAAAGUGCAAGAAAUUAACCACCCUUGAGGCUGAAUUUGCCUGGGAGAUCAUCACUGACCAUCAGAUAGAAAUUAUGUUCGGCAAAAGACUGCAUGCAAAUUUGGGAUGGCUAGCCUGGGGGGUUAAUCCUGGCAAGAUGCCGCAGAUGGUUGGAACCAGGGCAAUCAUAGGUAUUAUUUACACGGAUGGAUCAACGUUCAUCGAUACCUACAAUAUCACAAGGGAUACCAAGAUGGGUUGCAAGCUAGAGCCCACAAAAUUCAACGGGAUUGCGCAGAAUGAAGUGGAGUUUCACAACAUGUCAAUGGAAUAUAUAAAUGAAUUAGACUUCUUCACAAUACAGGCUAGAGUGAUUCUUCCAUCUGCUGCAUACAACAUUACAAAGUUGAACCAUGUUUGGCAAAUUGGCUAUGGAGUAGAAGGCACGGAGCCUAAGCAGCAUCCCACAAUUCUGCAGAAUGCUGAUAGUACAGAGACAAUAAACUUGAAGACUGAAAAUGGUGGUCAUGUUGGCAGGCACGUGAAUUACAUGCGAGCAGUACAUGGCAUCCUAAGCAUUCUGGGAUGGGGAACAUUCCUUCCAGUUGGAGCGAUUAUAGCGAGAUAUUUGGAAUAUCCAGUGGAAAGUUUUCGCUACUGUAAGUUUUGUCUUCAUGUCUCCUGUCAAAUUACUGGCUACAUUCUUGGAACUUCAGGGUGGAUCCUUGGACUGUAUCUUGGAAAUCUCUCCAAAUUCUAUAUCUUUAGAACCCACCGCCUUUAUUCCAUGUUCAUUUUCGCAUUUGCAACAUUACAAGCGUUGGCGUUAUUUUUAAAACCGAAGAAGAGUGAUGAGUACAGGAAAAACUGGAAUAUGUACCAUCAUUUUCUGGGUUAUGCACUGCUUGCUGUAAUCUCAAUAAACAUAUUCAAUGGAAUUGGUAUUUUGAAGCCGGAAGUGAUUUGGAGAAGGGCUUACAUAGGAAUCCUUAUUGCUUUUGCGGUCAUUGUCACAGUUCUUGAGAUCUACACUUGGAAAAAAUUUAAAUGCAACGCGAAAUCAACAACUUCUGUACUGGAUGGAACUACUGCUACUGCUCUAGCCGUCCCACAACCACGACCGUGACAGACACAGUGUGCAACAUUCGCCUGGAGGUUCGUCCUGAAGUAUGGAUUAAAACUUUCCCUUGUUUUUGGAAAAGAAUAUUCCUUACUUCGUUUUUCAUCUUGGGCUUGGAUUUACAAUUGUAGCUAUUGGGAUUAAUUGCUUUGUUUUUCUUUUCCUUUUGCCAUUUAAAUUAUGAUUGAUACACAAUUGUACUUUGGAAGGACGAAGAUUGAUUCAGUGUAGGUGAACAUCAUUUAUAUGAAAGGAAAUUGUGAAAUUCUGCUCUC